GCUCACAGCUGUUGGUUGGAUCUUCCCUCUGGCACUUUUUCUUAUUUUGUUAUUAUUUUAUUAACAAUUUUGGCACAAACAUACACUAUACAAUGUCGCACAUCAAGAACUUGAUACCGGAGACUGUGAAUCCAGAUCUACAGAAGGAGCGCACCGGCGCCGAGUUCCAGGUGGAGGAGUUUGCAGCCUGGUGGCAGGGUGGUCAGGACAAGCUGAACACUAAACGCCAGAUCGAAAAGGCCAUCUUCAGUGAUCUGGAGGAUGGUUAUGGCAUCAACCACGAGUACAUGUCCCAUGAGGAGGUCUACAACUCCAGUGUAAAGAAAGUGGCUGAGGCGGCAGUCAAGCUGAAGGCUCUUCAGAACCAACUUAAUCCCGGGGGCAAUGAUAUCUGGCCUGGAUUUUUGUUCAAUGUGCAGAGCCAUGGACUUUUCCCGGCCAAUCAUCCGGUGUCCACGCACAUCACCAUGUUUGUGGAUGUGAUCAAGGGCCAGGGCACAGCCGAGCAAGUGGAGAAGUGGGGCAAAGCGGCAGAAAACUGCAAUAUUCUUGGAACCUAUGCCCAGACCGAAAUGGCCCAUGGAACUAAUGUUCGUGGCAUCGCCACCCGGGCAGACUUUGACCAGACGGAUGAGUUUGUGUUGAAUACUCCCAAUUUGGAGGCCUACAAAUGGUGGCCCGGCGGCUUGGGUCACACUGCCAAUCAUGCUAUGGUUGUAGCCCAACUGUAUAUUGCCGAUGUCCAUCAUGGUGUGCAGAUGUUCAUUGUGCCGUUGAGGGAUCCGGAGACUCAUAUGCCCCUGCCUGGCAUUGAUAUUGGCGAGAUUGGAAAGAAACUGGGAAUGGUAUCGGUUAAUCAGGGCUUUCUGGGCCUCAACAAAGUUCGCAUUCCACGUACCAACAUGCUGAUGAAGUUCGCCAAGGUGGAGCGUGAUGGCACCUUUAAGGCCAGUCCGGCCUCAAGGGUUAACUACUUGACCAUGGUUUAUACGCGUUGUCUCAUUGUCAAUCUGAACUCCACGUUGCUGCUGGAGGCAGCCACCAUAGCCACCCGAUACUCAGCCGUUAGGAGACAGAGUCCCAUUGAGGCCAAUCAACCAGAGCCGCAGAUCAUUGAUCAUAUCACUCAGCGCCUGAAGCUUUUCCCCGAGAUUGCCACUGGAAUGGCUUACCAUUUGGCUGCGGAGUACAUGUGGGAGAUGUAUGCCCAGACUGUGCAGGAGGCCAACAGUGGCAAGUUCGAUCGCCUGCCCGAUAUGCACAUUCUGUCCUGCGCCUUGAAGGUCCUUUGUACUACGGACGGUUGUGCAGGCAUUGAGCGACUGCGUCUUUCCACUGGAGGUCAUGGUUAUCUUACAGCUGCCAACAUGAGCAAUAUCUAUGGAAACGCUGUGGCGGCUUAUACGUACGAGGGAGAGAACACAGUGCUUCUUCUGCAAAUCGGACGUGCUCUGGUCAAGGCCUGGGCUGCAUUUGUGGAGAAGAAGCCCGUGUCGGCUUCUUAUAGUUACUUUGCCAGCUCCAUGAAGUUGAAGGAGUUCCCCAAGUGGGACAACUCGUGGCAGUGCAUCAUCAAGGCUCUGCAAUACACGGCAGCACAAAAAACCCGCAUUGCCUUCGAGAACCUAGCAGAUCGCAUGGCCAGUGGUCAGUCUCAGGGUGUGGCAGCCAACAAUACAGGCAUCGAGCUAACUCGUGCUGCGGAGCUGCAUGGCCGUCAGUUCGUCUGCCAGACAUUCCUCGAGCAAAUCACAGGUCCCAAGGCCCAGAAGCGUUCAGCAUCACUCAACAAGGUUUUGGAGAAUGUCCUGGAGCUCUUCCUGGUCCAGACUGUGCUCAACAACCUGAAUGAUAUUUUAAGAUUCAUCAACCUAAGUGAUGCCGAUCUGAGGUCGCUGCAGGAGCGUCUGGAAGUCUCGCUGGAGAAGUUCCGCCCCAAUGCGGUGGCCAUAUGCGAUGGCUUCGACUUCCAUGACCGCGUCCUCAACUCCGUCCUGGGCAGCUACGAUGGCAACGUGUAUCCGCGACUAUUUGAUUCGGCUAAGCGCAGCACCAUGAACCAGAAGCCUGUCCAAAAGUCCUUCGAGACCUACCUCAAGCCCCUGAUGAAGGCUAAUCUUUAACGCAAAAACCCAGCAGAAAGUCAUGUGGAAAUAAAGAGUAGAUUGUUUUGUUUAAAUUA